AUGUCGGCAGCACAGGGCAGCGCCGCACCGGCUGCCGCGCCAGCUGCACCUGCACCUGUGCCGAGCCUUAAUCGCCACCAGUACGCCCAGCAGCAACAACAGCAACAGCAGCAACAGCGCAACGGUGACAGCCAUGCGCGACCGACCCACAUCACCCUCCCGCCAAACGGGCUGGCGCAGCUUUCGAUCCAGCUCGCCGCGGCGUCCAAGCCGGCGCGCAACCUGUCCAAGUCGGCGCCGACGAGCCCCAUGGCCCGGCCCCGUGUCGACCUCGCACCGCUGAGCACCAUCACACCCAUCGACCUUGGACGCGCAGACCCCAUGGCCAACGCCGGCGGCGGCGGCGGCUCGCACUCGCCCGCGCCUGCGCCUGGCGCCCUCGCCGCCUCCCGAACCUCACCGCACCAACGUGCCGGCGCCCUCCUCCAACAACCACAACACUACCCCUCCGCGGAAGCGCAGGCGCAGGCCCAAGCCGCACGUGUCCGCCUCUCGCCAGAGCUCGCAAUGCUUGCUCUCCGCCAGUCGCCAGAGCUGCUGAUGCAGCCCAUCCCAGCAGCAGCAGCUGGCUCAUCGCGCACGUCGCCCCCUAACCGGCAGUACCCGAUGGGCGCCUUCCCCGGCAAUGGCCCGGUGCCGCCAAUGCCACACCGCGGCGCAACGGUUCCACAGCCGACGGCAAGGGUGCACGGCCGCUCGCGUUCGCGCUCGUCACCGCGCUCGUCGAUCUCGAGCGGAUCUGAGACCGAGACGGAAGUCGACUCGGACUCGACGUUUGUCCCGGGCCGAGUCCGCCACCAGCACUCGAGAUCCCAGCCCGACCUGAGCGCGCUCCGCUCGCGGCGUGAGGUCGAGGGCUGGGCCGACGGCGUGCGUCGGCACCAGCUGGAAGACCGACGCGCCCGCGAGGCCAGAGAGGCCGCGGCGAUCGUAAGCGCCGGCAGUGCCGCAGGGUUCGUGAGGCGCAAGUCGCACGGGCGCAAGACGCCGCCGCCAACACGCCCGCUCGCGCUCAACCCGAGCUACUCGAACGGCUCGGCGUACGCUUCGUCGUCGCAGCCGCUCGGCGCGCUCGGGCUCCGGCACGUGUCGCCGCGCGCGAGCACAAUCAGCAUCCCGCACCUGACACCGAUUACGGCUAGCUCGUCGCCGCGUUCCGACCCGCGCAGUGACAGCUCAGACGACAUGUCGCCCGGCAGCUCGAUCCGCUCCCCUGUCGGCGGCAUGACUGGGAGCGAGGACGCCGACGACGACUUUGGGAGCAACGACUCGCCGUCGAGCGGAUCGAUAUCCUUCUCGCCAAAGUACAGACGGCGGAUGCGGCCCGGCGCGGACGAUAUCGCGCGCGCCGCGGCGCUGGGCCUGCUCCUCGACCCCGGAAACAGUGCCGAUGAGCAGCCACGCCGCUCGAGCAUCGACCUCAAGGCGGCGAGUAUUGAAGCACGGCUGCGCCGCUCGACGUUUGUGUCAUUCCGCCUCCUCGCCGUCGUACCUGCCCUCUGGGGCAUCAGCGUGCUCGGGCACGCGCUCGUGACAGGCUCGCUGUGGCACGACGUCUGGCCGUGGGGCGUCGACUUCUCGCGCGAGGCGCUGGACCGCCUCGUCGCCGGCACACAUCCGUACGAGGGCAUCGAGCGCCCAGUGAACCGGGGCGACAUGACGCUCGCCAUCCUCUGGGCCUUGCUCACGGCGCACUUCUGCUUCUCGCUUGCCACGGGUCUGUCGUACCGCUGGCGCUCGUACUACUCGCCCGCGUCGACCAUGACGCGCCUCAUCUCGCUCCAGUGCCUCUGCUGGCCGGCGACGUACACGACGCUGUGGGUGCUCGGGCCCAAGCGCCCACUCCUCGCGUGGGUCGUCAUCGGCGUAACGACGGCGGUGAGCCGCACGAUCCAGAUGUGGGUCACUUCCAACGUCAUUGUCGACGAGACGGUCUCGCGUGGCAGCUUUGGCAGCUUUGGCCCAAGCAUCAACACGCCCGGCGACAUCACGCCUGGCCCGUUCCGCCGCGUCUCGCCACCGCCCGUGCCUCCGCCCGCGCCCCCAGCCCACCUGUCGGGCUGGGAGGCGUUCGUUUACGGUCGCACGUGGGACUGGGAGAAGAUUGCGCGCAAGGUCGGCUGGAAGGUCGGCUUCAUGCUCCUCGUCACCUUGGCGUGGCUCUUCUAUCGCAUCGAGAACGGGUGGGACGCAAGAGUGCUCGCCGCGCCAACGUUCACCGCGACGGUCACCGUCACCGUCACCGCAACCGCAACCGCAACUGCAGCCGCCAUGCCCACGGUGGUCGGCUAA